AUGGAUGCCAUGAAAGACAUUUUCGUGCAGCAUGGGCUUCCACAGGUUCUGGUGACAGAUAAUGGACCUCCCUUCACCAGUCAGCAGUUUACAACCUUCCUUGCGGAACUUGGAGUUCAUCACGUUCGUACGCCUCCAUAUCAUCCGAAGUCUAACGGACAAGCUGAAAACUUCGUACGAACGUUUAAAACAGCGCUAUCUCGCUCCGCUAUGGAGGGGAGAGAAAAUAUCAGAGAGUUCCUGCUCAAAUACCGUGUAACGCCACAUGCAUCUACAGGUCGUCCACCGUGCGAGCGGCUCAACAGUAGGCACUAUCGGUCUGUGUUGGACCUUGUUAGACCUUCUGAUUUUUCUCCGAUUCCUACGUCAACGAAUGCGGGUGCCCGAGAGCGACAAAGGCGUUGUCAUGAUAAACGGGCACGGGACCGAUCUUUUGGAAAAGACGCAUGCGUGUGGAUGCUUGAUCCACAGAGGAAAGGUCACUGGAAAACCGGAAAAAUUAUGGAAAAAGAAGGGAGAGUGAUCUUCCAUUUGCGAGAUGCUGAUGGGAAGAUUCAUCGAGUAUAUAAGGACCAUCUUAAGCUCAGGGGGUCUUUGGAAUCGUGGGAAAGCGGAUUUUCGAAGACAACGGCAGAUCAAGAUCUUGUGCUCGAGGGACCGGAAAUUCCUUUACCGUUCCCCGAAGUGGAGGACCCACCAUUGAGUGACGGAAAUCGUCAUACGUCCUUAAGUGCUCAACCACCGAGGGAUGGACAGGCUAUCGCACCUUCAAGUGAAGCGGCUCCUACGGGCGACGAUACACGCCGAUACCCCUUGAGGAUCCGUCGUUCAGUAGACCGCUAUGGCUCUACUUAUUAA